CACUCCCCACCUUCAAGGUCCAAUUGCUUUUUGUGCUUAUCCUGUAAAUUACAGGCCAUUUGAAAUCAGAAGAAAAUGAUAAUGGUCGAACUACACCUAAGCUAUGACAAUAGCUUGUGAUGGGAAAGCCUGCUGAAGUGGACUCUCUUAAGAACCUUGGAUUAUUGUGAAUGUGACAAGAAAAGCCAUGGAAAAGCCAGUAAUCAUAUAUCUUCUAUUCUUGUUUUCUUUGAUGCUGAUGGAAACUGAGGGCAAAACUUGUGUAUGCAAUGGAAAAUCAAGGUGCCACUGUAGUGGAGUAAAAGGAAACCGGGGAGAAAAAGGAUUCCGAGGAUAUGCAGGUCCUCCAGGACCAACGGGCCAUCCAGGACCUGUCGGUCGUACUGGUCCGAUAGGACCAAAGGGCAACACUGGGCCUGAUGGGCCGAUGGGAUCAAAAGGAGAUCCGGGACCAGAGGGCAGAGAAGGAUUUGCUGGGUCUCAUGGCUUACCUGGUAUUCCAGGCUUAAUGGGCCCUCCAGGCCUGCCCGGGAGUCCAGGUUGUAAUGGAACAGACGGAGAUGUUGGACCUCCUGGUAUCCCUGGUGUCCGUGGCAGGGAUGGAGAGCCAGGGUUGCCUGGUCAGCCCGGACCGAAGGAUGACUCUCCCAUACCAAUUUUUCGAUCAUAUAAAGGACCACCGGGAGAACGGGGUAGAGAUGGAUACCAAGGAUAUCCAGGUUCCACUGGACAACCUGGAGCUCGAGGGGGCCAAGGACCAAGGGGAUCUGUCGGGUUACAAGGUCGUCCUGGGGCACCAGGAUCCAAGGGCCAAGAAGGCCGACGAGGUAUACUUGGACCUAAAGGACCUAAGGGGACACAAGGCCCACCAGGACCACCAGGACCACCGGGCAGAACAAAGGAGUUUUCUUCAGAAAGUUCGCUGUUUAAGGCUCUGAAGGGGGACAAGGGAAAUGAGGGAGAAAAAGGCUGCAAGGGUAAACCAGGUGAUCCUGGUUAUGGUUCUGAAACAAAAGGAAGAAAGGGAGACGUAGGGAAGCAGGGCCCUGAAGGAAAGCCGGGAAAGGAUGGUGAUCCAGGACAACCUGGAUUAAGGGGAAGGUCUGGUCCUAAAGGGGAUAAAGGAUAUGCAGGGUCACCAGGAGGGAUGGGUGAAAAGGGAAAUAGGGGUCCACCUGGAGAUACAUUUAUAGGUGAGAAAGGUCGCAUUGGAGAUCCUGGUCUUCCAGGCAAUCAUGGGGCUCCUGGCCCACGAGGUGGUGUUGGCUCGCCUGGACCUGCUGGACCUCCUGGAAACUCAUCUGCAAGGCAGGGACUCCGUGGUUCCCCUGGUUUAACUGGCCCCAAAGGUGAUCCUGGGGAGCCAGGGGGGAAUUACACGGGGUCACCAGGUCUAGAUGGAGAUCCUGGAGAUUCAGGGCUUCCUGGGGAUCAGGGCUUACCUGGACCUCGUGAAAACAGACCUAACAACAUAACAAAAGGUCUUCCUGGAUUGAAGGGUGUGAAGGGUUUCCUUGGACCGAGGGGAGAUGCUGGACUUUUUGGAAAGAAAGGGGAAAAGGGGGAUCCUUGCGAUGAAUGUCUUGAAUUAGGACCACCUGGACCACCAGGUCCCCGUGGCCCCCCUGGAUUUCCAGGCACUGAUCAAGGACCAGGAGAAAAAGGUGAUCCAGGCAUAAAAGGUUUACCUGGAAAACCAGGUCUGACAGGAGUAAAAGGCCUGCCGGGGCUUCGAGGACAGAAGGGAGACUCAUAUUACCCGGACUCCUCCAGAUUAAAGGGGGAAAAAGGAGAGCCAGGACAGCAUGGCAGACCUGGUACCGAUGGCUCGUCAGGGUAUCCUGGAUUACCAGGUUUCAAAGGCAGUCGAGGUCCACCUGGGGAUUUUUAUCCUCUUCCUGGUCCAAGGGGUGAUCAUGGACUGCCAGGGCCUCCAGGGAAACCAGGACCAAUAGGUUAUCCUGGGCAAAUUAAAUAUGGACCUGCUGGACCUCCGGGGAUCAAAGGAACUUUAGGGGUUCCCGGCCUGCCUGGAAAGCCUGGAAUUCCAGGCCAAAAAGGGGAACCAGGAUGCUACAUUGUAGGACGUCCAGGACCAGCUGGAUCUAAAGGUGUUCCUGGCUCACCAGGUACCCCAGGAUUGCCAGGUUCUCCAGGACAAAAGGGAGAAAGGGGUCCUCUGUCAACUCCAGGAAGCCCUGGGUUACCUGGACAGAAAGGUGUGAAGGGGAAGCCAGGUGCCAGAGGCUCUCCGGGUCAGGGUCUUCAUGGGAAGUCAGGUCCACAAGGCCCUCCUGGUCCUCCAGGGAAGAAGGGUGAAAGUGGCCUUGGAAAAUGUGGCCCUCUGGGCCUCCCAGGGCCUCCUGGUAAAGAUGGUGAUCUGGGGCAAGCAGGUGACCCUGGGAUCAGUGGUUUCCUAGGAAACCCAGGACCAACUGGAAAACCAGGGUCUCCAGGAGAAAAGGGAAGAAAAGGUUCUAUUGGUCCUCAAGGACCACCUGGUUUAUGUGAAGGACCGCCAGGACCAAAUGGUGGUCCAGGAAUUCCAGGGCUAAAUGGGUUGCCUGGUAAAAAGGGAAAUGUGGGUUUCCCUGGGCUUGGCCAGCCUGGCCAAGUUGGUGAUCCUGGUCUUCCUGGAUUAUCAGUGCCAGGUUUUUGUGGGCCAAGUGGACAGAAAGGAAUUAAAGGAAAAAAUGGCAUGCCUGGUCUGCCAGGUUCAAGAGGAGACCCUGGGCCUGAUCAAAUAUUUGGCAUGGGACCAAUGGGAUUACCUGGAGUUAAAGGAUCACCAGGUGAUCCUGGCCCAUUAGGAGAUAAAGGAACCCGAGGCUUACCAGGUAUGAAUGGGGACCCUGGCACCAGAGGUCCUCCAGGGCCAAGACCAAAACCCUCUACUGGCCCACCAGGAGAUUCAGGAGAACCAGGCCAACCUGGGAUGCAAGGUCCAAAGGGUGAUCCUGGAAGCAUUGGUCCUCAGGGGCAGAGAGGAAGAGAGGGACCACCAGGAGUUCCAGGAAAGAUAGGUUCUCCUGGUGAUCCAGGUAAUGAUGGACCAGUCAACUGUUUUACCCAAGGACCUCCUGGAGCACGAGGAGACUCAGGUCAUAGAGGUCCUACAGGGUCCAAAGGAAUAAAAGGAGACCAAGGAAUCCCUGGGGGUUUUGGAGCUAAUGGUGUCCCAGGUGAAACUGGUUUCAGAGGAAUUCCUGGCGAGCCAAGCUUUGGAUAUGGACCACCAGGGCCAAUAGGUCAAAAGGGUGAACAAGGGUUAAGCAACACUCCCCUAUUAAAGGGUCAAAAAGGAGAACCUGGCAUUGAAGGGCCAAUAGGUCCACCAGGAUAUCACGGAGCCAAAGGAAACCCAGGGCCUACUGGAAAAAAUGGCUCCCAGGGUUAUCAAGGCCCCAAAGGCUCAGAUGGUUCUCCAGGAUUCAAAGGUCACCAAGGACCAAAUGGACUGCCAGGCAGCCCAGGCUCACCAGGUAAGAGUGGUGAACCUGGUCUUAAAGGAAAUCAAGGCCAGGAUGGGAUCCCUGGACAACCAGGUCAGAAAGGAGAUACUGUCAUAAUAGGACUGAAACCAGGGAAACCUGGUGAUCCAGGUCAGCCAGGUUCUACUGGAAAUUCUGGUCGUCCUGGUGAAGAUGUCACAGGGAUUCCAGGACCAAUAGGAGACCAAGGGCCUCCAGGUCCACCUGGUAUCUCUGGCCUUAACGGACUCCCUGGAAGAGAAGGGACAUGUUUACACGGGCCUAAAGGAGAUAGUGGAUUACCUGGCAAUCCUGGAAGUAGAGGCAAUCCUGGCCCACUUGGCCCACUUGGUCCUCCAAGCCCGUUAAUGCCAGGGUUCAGAGGAGAGAAAGGGGAUCCUGGUGUUUUGGGACCUCCAGGAGCCCAUGGAGAUCCAGGCCCUCAAGGACCACCAAGUACAAAAUGCAGACCUGGAUGCUCAGGACCAAAAGGAGAUAGUGGUACCCCAGGAAAAAUAGGCCCCCCAGGUGACAUAGGAGACCCUGGAUACAUCCCAGGGCCAUGUGGGCCACCUGGAGAAAAAGGAUCUCCUGGUCAUCCAGGCCUCAAAGGUGAACAUGCAAAAUUCAAAUGUGAUCCCAGUCCUCCUGGUGCACCUGGUCCUUCUGGCAAUCAAGGACCCCCAGGUAGCAAUGGAACAUCAGGACCACCAGGCUCUCCAGGCAAACCAGGUGUCAAGGGAACUCGUGGAAUCAGUGGAUCGAACGGUCCACCUGGAUUCACUGGCCAUAAAGGGAACAAAGGAAAAGCAGGCCUGCCAGGUCCAAAUGGCAGAUCUGGAAAUUCAGGCCGGAAAGGUCUUACGGGGUUGCCUGGAAAAACUAGUCCACAACAUAUUGACAGUUUCCUGAUAGCCAGGCACAGUCAGAGUAUCUCUGUCCCUGACUGCCCUACAGGCACCAAUCUCAUCUACUCUGGUUACUCUUUUCUCUUCAUCAAUGGAAAUGAGAAAGCUCAUGGUCAGGACCUUGGCACCAUGGGGAGCUGUCUCCCUCGUUUCACCACCAUGCCCUUCCUGUUCUGUGACACGGAGAGCACUUGCCGCUAUGCUUCUCGUAAUGACUACUCAUACUGGCUGUCAACUGACGAACCAAUGCCUGCCAACAUGGUAGCAAUCGCAGCUGACAAGCUGGCUUCUUACAUUAGCAGGUGUUCAGUGUGUGAAACCACUUCGAAUGUCAUAGCCAUACACAGCCAGACAACUCUGAAACCGGAAUGUCCCAUUGGCUGGGAAUCAAUGUGGACAGGGUAUUCAUUUGUCAUGCAAAAUGGUGCUGGGUCAGAAGGAUCCUCUCAACCCUUGAUUUCUCCUGGCUCUUGUCUGGAAAAUUUCCGCCAAGUACCCUUUAUUGAAUGUCAUGGCAGGGGGACAUGUAACUACUACCCUGACUCUUACAGCUACUGGCUUGCCUCUCUUGACCAUGAAAACAUGUUCAGCAAACCAAUUCCUCAGACUGUGAAAAGUCCUUUUCUACAACGUAUCAUCAGCCGUUGUCGAGUCUGCAGAAAACUGCAUCAAUUUGGCACAGCACACAAUCUUGGGGACAAUUUCUGAUCGUCAAAAAAUGUGAGAUAUGAGACACAGCAGUAAUAGCUGCAUGUAUGUUGGAUGCGUUUAUCGUUUUACACUGCUGUGUUUAUUAUCAUUUUUAAAAGUUUGAUAAUGAAUAUCAUUCUGUAUUCCGUAUUUAUAUCUUGCAGUUAUUGUAUGCUACAAAUUAUUGAAGUAUUUCUGUUCCUAUGACAAUGUCAUUUUGCUGUUCCUUUUGUACUCUCUUACUGUGUUUUCUUCCCUUGAUGUAUUCUUGUCCUGUGAGUGGGGAAAAUGUGUCAGGAUCAUUGAAGCGGUGAUUGAUGUCACAAUUGGAGGUCCAUUAAUGACAAUCAUUUUCCUAAAACAAAUGGGUGUUGUAAAUGUGACGUGCUUGCUGUGGAAUUAUUCUGUUGCUGUGUUUUAAAACCAAAAAUAUUGACACUUUGAAUUUAAAGCUGUUAAAUGGAGCAUGCAAAAGAUUUGACAUUAUGACUCACACUGCCUGAAGCUCUUUCCAUCCCCUCUCUAAAUGUCUUGUUGAUGGUAAAACAUUGGAUAAAUGUGGCAUUAAAUUUUCAUAUCUUA